AACGCCGCCUCCAAAUCGUGCACGCGACCAGUUCCUAAACGUCAAGAUGGCUGCCCACACUGCUGUGCUGUCGAUGUCCAAAUUCAUUAAUCCCUUCUGGGGUGGACGCCUUGGAAAUACGGUCAAAGUAUUUGGAACAACUCUUACAAGCCACAGGAAUAAGACCGGAAAUUGUCCCCCUCCUGCAAAGUAUGGAGGCAGACACACUGUGACCCUCAUACCUGGGGAUGGAAUCGGUCCAGAGCUGCUCAAUCAUGUCAGAGAGGUUUUCAGGUUCAGCUGUGUCCCAGUGGACUUUGAGGUGGUGCACGUCAACUCUGCCAUGGAGAGUGAGGAUGAUAUCAACAAUGCCAUCACUGCCAUUCGUCGUAAUGGGGUUGCCCUCAAAGGUAACAUAGAAACCAAUCAUACCAUGGCGCCAUCUGUCAAAUCCAGAAAUAAUCUCCUACGCACAAGCUUAGACCUGUAUGCCAAUGUGAUGCACUGCCAGUCACUCCCUGGAGUUCAGACUCGCCACAAGAACAUUGACAUCAUGAUCAUCAGGGAGAACACGGAGGGGGAGUACAGCAGUCUGGAGCACGAGAGUGUAUCAGGCGUAGUGGAGAGUCUCAAGAUCAUCACCAGGAACAACUCCCUCAGGAUUGCCGACUAUGCCUUCAAGCUGGCCAGGGAUAAAGGUCGUAAAAGGGUCACUGCCGUACACAAGGCUAACAUCAUGAAGCUUGGUGAUGGCUUGUUCCUGCAGUGUUGCCGGGAAGUGGCGUCUGGUUACCCGGACAUCACAUUCGACAGCAUGAUUGUGGACAACACCACCAUGCAGCUGGUGUCCAAGCCCCAGCAGUUUGAUGUGAUGGUGAUGCCCAAUUUGUAUGGGAACGUGGUGAGCAACGUGUGUGCAGGCCUGGUGGGAGGGCCUGGCCUCGUGCCUGGGGCUAACUAUGGUCGGGACUAUGCUGUCUUCGAAACGGCCACAAGGAACACAGGGAAGAGUAUUGCGGAAAGGAACAUUGCUAACCCCACUGCCAUGCUGCUAGCCGGCUGCAUGAUGCUGGACCACCUGAAGCUCUAUGACUACGCAAGUAUGAUCCGAAAUGCAAUCCUCACCACAAUGAAUGAAACCAGGUUGCACACAGCUGAUAUUGGGGGUCAGGGCACCACGUCAGAUGUGGUCCAGUCCAUCAUGAAGUUCAUCCAGAGUAAAGGGCCGCUCAUAUCCGAGCUCUAAACACACACGCACACGCACACACACAGGUGUGAGUUUGAACAGGUUAUCCAUGCAUGUCUGUUGCCAUAGCGCCAGGUCUUAUGCUGGCAUCAGAACGUUUCCUUUUUUUUGUUGCACACAGCUUACUGAUAACUGUACAAACAACCUCUUAUCCGCACCUGUGUGGUUCACAUAUAAUAAUGACCUUCGCAAGACUUAUUAAAAAACAGUUUACCAUUGAUCAAAUUCCAUCAUCACUUAUAUCAAAUGAUAAAUCCUACUGUAGGGAUAUUUCCUGAGCUCAUCAGGUUAAUUCAGAUGAAAAUCUGUUGUCUUACAAAUUGUUAUGAGACAUGAAAAUGACUCUCUGUGGCCUGACACAUGCUGGGGUCAGAAAUAUGUUAAAUAUCCUAAUAUGACCAUGCAUUUUCAACUCUGCACUCGUAAAUGUGGAUCGUUAUUUAUUUUCAACAUUCGAUUUAUGUUACUGCCUUUUUAUUAAAAAAGAGACCAAUGUUUAUUUAAUGCCUUACCUUUUUUUUUUGUCAUACUGUAACUUAAAUAUCGAGUUGCCUUUUAUAAAUGUACUGUCCUGCGUGUUCACAUCAGAUCAACUGUACUUUAAAAUGGUGAUGUAGCUAUUUCACAUACUGUGUCAGAGGAGAUGUUUAUUAAGGUAACUAAGUUAGGGUCAUGUCACAAAAAUAUGCUGUUGUCUUUUAGUUAAACCAGGCAAGAGUUCUUAAGUUGGAUAUGAAAAGACUUGUAUCAUAUCUGUGGGUGGUUAUGUAUACUGUAUAACACAAAUACUAUAAAUAAAGAAAUAACCUAC